GGGAGUUAAGAUUUUUUUGUAAUAUUGAAAACAUAAGUUGUCUAUUUGUAUAAUUUUUAGAUCCAAUCGGUUCGGCCCAACAAGACAAGCUGAACCGCCCUAAUAAUUAUCCCAUCGGCCCAGCAAAGAGAUCCUUCAUUCAAUAUUCUAAUUCGUUUGCCUCUUUUAAUUAGGUUCAAUACUUCAAUUACAAUCACAACUGAGAACUCAAAGCUACUGCUGGCUGCUGCAGUGCUGCUCAAGACCCAAAGGCCAAACCCAAACUGCUGGCUGCUCUCAACAACAGUUUGGUGAGCUUCAAGCUGCUUUCUCCUUGGGUUGCCAUGAACACGUCUACUGGAGCCAAUUUGGAACUAUCGAGGUGCAUUGCUGCAUCCCCUGUUUGUCACUUAAAAUCGUCCAUCUUUGAGCCAAGAUCAUGUGUACCCAAGUUCCAAGGCUUCUCAAAGAAGCUACUGCCUUUAUGUAAAGUUAUAAAUGUUAAAAGUGACAGGGAAAAAAACAUUACGUUCUCGGUUACUUGUAGUGCCAGUCAGGUUGGCACUGCUGCAGAUGAGCCCAGCAGUCUUACAUAUAAGGAUGCUGGUGUGGACAUUGAUGCAGGUUCAGAGCUUGUGAGAAGAAUAGCCAAAAUGGCACCUGGAAUUGGGGGAUUUGGAGGUCUCUUUCCACUAGGGGAUUCAUACCUCGUAGCUGGUACUGAUGGUGUGGGGACAAAACUUAAGUUGGCAUUUGAAACGGGAAUUCAUGAUACCAUUGGGAUUGAUCUGGUUGCGAUGAGUGUUAAUGACAUUGUCACUUCUGGAGCAAAACCUUUAUUUUUCCUUGAUUAUUUUGCAACCAGCCGCCUUGAUGUUGACCUUGCAGAGAAGGUCAUAAAAGGUAUUGUGGAUGGUUGUCAGCAAUCUGAUUGCGCUCUUCUAGGGGGAGAGACUGCGGAGAUGCCAGAUUUCUAUGCCGUAGGCGAGUAUGACCUCAGUGGAUUUGCUGUGGGCAUUGUGAAAAAAGAUUCAGUUAUUGACGGGAAAAAUAUUAAGGUUGGAGACGUUCUUAUUGGUUUACCAUCUAGUGGAGUUCAUUCAAAUGGUUUCUCUCUUGUGAGAAGGGUUCUGAAGCAAAGUGGCCUUUCAUUGAAAGACCAGCUUCCUGGUGAAACUAUUACACUUGGUGAAGCUUUGAUUGCCCCAACUGUUAUAUAUGUUAAACAGGUUCUUGAUAUUAUUAGCAAAGGAGGAGUUAAAGGAAUAGCCCACAUUACAGGAGGUGGCUUCACUGACAACAUCCCUCGAGUAUUUCCUAAAGGUCUUGGAGCCAUGAUUUACGAGGGCUCUUGGGCAAUUCCUCCUAUUUUUAAAUGGAUUCAAGAGGCUGGAAGAAUAGAAGAUGCUGAGAUGAUGCGGACUUUCAAUAUGGGAAUCGGGAUGGUCCUCGUAGUUAGUCCCGAAGCAGCUGAUCGAAUACUUGGGGAAGUACAGCAGACGAGCAUUGCAUACCGGGUUGGUGAGGUUGUAAAGGGUGACGGAGUAAGCUAUAGGUGAAAGCUAUGCAGGUGGUCAUCGGUUGAUGCAUCGAUAUCAGCAUUGAUCUGAAAGAGUUUUUAAGAAGUGAUUGAGAGUUUUUUCUCCUAAGCUGGAGCCUUUUUCAUCUAAUACAACCAAUGUAUUCACUCUUAAAAAUGUGUUGUGUAUUAAAAAUGAAGAUGUAGCCAUGAAGGCAGCUUCAAGAAAUUUUGAAAUAGUUUUGCAUGGAAUGUAGAAAAUGAUUUCUGUUAUAUUUCAUUUUCGAUCGUUUGGUUUGGGAA